AUGGAUUCUCAGCCUUCCCCUUCUUCGGGAAGGUUCGAAAGUAGUCCUUCUACUAUCAAAAAUACUCCAUUCUUGACCAAAUCAAUUUCCGAUGCCAGUAGCAGCAGCCCUCAUAGCCAAAGCUUAGCCUCCAUUCUCAACAACCCACAUGCCGGAAAAUCCGAUGGGUUCUGGUGGUGGUCCACUUCAUCAUCUAUCCCCACACCUGACUUCCUACCUCUAUCAACUCUACCCAAACCCGGAUCCGAAACUCGGGUCCCUGAUUUCCAAUCCUAUCUCUCUUCCAUCUCCGACCCAUAUGCUCGUUUCCAUGACAUUCAACAGCACGCGAGGUUUGAGUCACUAGAAGAUCAAGACGACCAAAAUGCCCUCGUUGCUUGCUUGAAGGAAGUACCUGCGCUGUACUUCAAAGAGGAUUUUGAGUUAGAGGAUGGUGCUACUUUUAAAGCUGCCUGCCCAUUUAGGACCACUGCGGAAAAUUUAGUUACACAGGAGAAGCUAUCACAGUAUUUGGAUGUAGUGGAAUUGCACUUGGUUAGGGAGAUUUCGUUGAGAUCAAAUUCCUUUUUUGAGGCACAAGGUCAGUUAGAAGAUUUAAAUUCGAAGAUUGUUCAGGGGUGUGAUAGGAUAAGGGAAUUGAAGGAGACUAUAAAGCUCUUAGAUGACAAUUUGGUGGGGUCUGCUAGAAAGGUACAAGAGUUGAAUGUUCAGAGAAGUGAAUUGAUUUCGCACCAAGACAAGUUGAACCUUAUACUUUAUGUUAAUCAAGCUCUGUCAACUCUCAAGUUGCUUGUUGCAUCUGCAGAUUGUGCCGGAGCUUUAGAUGUUAUAGAUGAUUUACAACAUUUAUUGGAUGGAGAUGAAUUAGCUGGUCUACAUUGUUUCCGUCAUGUUCGUGACCAGUUAGCCGCUUCAAUUGAUUCCAUUGACAGUAUUCUUUCAGCAGAAUUUAUGCGUAUAUCUAUACACGGAGCUGGCAACGUGGAUGCUCUAAGUACAUCAAAAUUUAAAGUGCAGAAGACAAUUUCCAUGAAUGGAGAAGGCCAUGAAGUUAAAUUAGAUGAAGAAGACACUUAUAAUUUGCGAGACCGGCUACUUCCUUUUGUUAUUGGGUUGCUUAGAACCGCAAAACUCCCUGCUGUAUUGAGAAUAUACCAUGACACUCUUACGGCUGACAUGAAAACUGCCAUUAAGAUGGCAGUUGAAGAACUGCUACGGGUGCUUGGUGCCCAACCUAUGGAUUCAGAUUUUGUUGCAGGAGAACGAGCAGUUGAUGCUGAUGGUGGAAGCUCAUCCCUUGCCAGUAGAUUGAGAAGCUUGUCGCCUGAAUGUUUUGUUCAUCUUUUGAAGGCUGUUUUCCUGAUAGUGCAGGCACACUUAGCACAGGCAUCUGAAGUUAAAAGAGCCAUUGAGUGGAUUUUGUGCCAUCUUGAUGGCCAUUAUGCUGCUGACUCAGUUGCUGCUGCAAUUGCACUUGGAGCAGUGGCAUCAGAAACAGCUCAUGAAACCGUCGAUCAGGUAAAUUCCUCGCUGCAACUUUCUGUGCAAAGGAACUCUUCCAAGGUCUCUUCUGCUCACGGGAAUGGAAAUGAGGGUAUAACGUCAUCGACUUUAUCGAGAAAUUUCAGAGCUGAUGUAUUGAGAGAAAAUGCAGAAGCCGUUUUUGCAGCUUGUGAUGCUGCUCAUGGCAGAUGGGCAAAGAUCCUUGGAGUGCGUUCUCCUAUCCACCCUAGACUGAGGUUACAGGAGUUUCUAAAUAUAUAUAACAUCACUCAAGAAUUUAUAACGGCUACUGAGAAGAUUGGUGGAAGAUUGGGUUAUAGUAUUCGGGGAACAUUGCAAUCACAGGCCAAGGCCUUUAUUGAUUUCCAACACGAAUCCAGGAUGGCAAAGAUGAGGGCCAUUCUUGACCAGGAAAAUUGGGCUGAGAUUGAUGUCCCUGAUGAGUUCCAGACAAUUGUCACAUCACUGUUCUGCUCAGAAUCUGAGACCCGUGAACUUGCUGAUGAGGUUUCAGCUGAUAUUGCACCAAGCAUCCGUAAGAUGGUCCUGGGUGAUGGUUCCCCUACGGCAGAAGCUAGACUUCAAAAGAUAUCACAAAAUGCACAGCACACUGAUUCUACUCCACGUUCAGAGAGUACAGCACAGAGCAAUGAAACUAACUCAAGAGAGCGUGGAAAAUCUUCUGCUAGACUUCUUUUCUUCAGAGGUGUUGGAUAUCAUAUGGUUAACUGCGGCUUGAUUUUGGUAAAGAUGUUGUCAGAAUGUAUUGAGAUGAAUAAUAGCUUGCCGGGCCUAUCUUCAGAAGUCGUCCACCGUGUUGUUGAAAUCCUGAAAUUGUUCAAUACAAGGACUUGUCAGCUUGUCCUUGGUGCUGGAGCAAUGCAGGUUUCAGGUUUGAAGUCUAUUACUUCUAAACACUUGGCCUUGGCAAGUCAAGUCAUCAGUUUCACAUACACCAUAAUUCCCGAACUCAAGAGGAUUCUGUUCCUUAAAGUGCCUGAGACGCGCAAGGCACUGCUGAUUUUGGAGGUUGAUCGUGUAGCACAGGACUAUAAGGUGCACCGAGAUGAGAUACACUCGAAGUUGGUGCAAAUAAUGAGGGAAAGGUUGCUGGUCCACCUCCGUGGGCUGCCACAGAUUGUUGAGAGUUGGAAUAGGCCAGAAAAUACUGAUACGCAGCCAAGUCAGUUUGCUCGUUCUAUCACUAAGGAAGUUGGCCUUCUUCAACGUGUCUUAUCUAGAACCCUGCAUGAGUUAGAUGUUCAAGCUAUUUUCAGGCAAGUGGUUAUUAUCUUCCAUUCUCAAAUUUCAGAAGCGUUUUCGCACUUGGAUAUCAGCAGUGAACAUGUUAAAAAAAGAAUGUAUUGCGAUGUGCAGCAUAUUAUUGCAUGUAUCAGAUCAUUGCCUUCAGAUAGCAAAUCUAAUCCUCCUAAUUGGGGACAGCUUGAUGAAUUUGUGGCAAAAAAUUUUGGUGAGGAAGUUGGUCAAUAGCCUUGUAAAGUAGCCUGUAUUUCAUAUUUAAUAUAGUUUGGCGGAGGCAAUCUGACAAUGCGUGAAGACUAUGCAGCAACAUUGUAUAAUUGACUUGAGAUGUGAAGUGUUCUUACUGGAUCUUGGUGUUUAUUUACCACAGCGGAAUCAAGUUUUGAGGGGAGGAGUCCAUAACAACAAUUUGUAAUUGUCAUACCAAUUUGUGAUGGAUCAGACAUUCUUGAACUUCAUUGUGAUUGUAUUCUUUAGCCCAGGAAAAUAGAAAUUCUUUUUCCCUCCUCUCUUCUGUUUUUAGAGGAAAAAAUUCAUAUAUUAUCGCAUUCCGGAAAUGGUAAAACAAUUUUCUGUAAUAGAGACCCGUGGACAGUGUAUAUUGUAUACUAAUGAAAGCAAAACUGUAUGUAGCAAGGCCUUUCUUAAUAGAUCUCUUUGGACAUUUAUGUAGAGUGAAACUUUGUUUCCA